CAGGCGAAAUGUGGGCAAAACAGGGGGGGAAGGGUAAAAAUCUGCUCGAUCCGUGUGGAAGAGCAUCAAAUGUAUGGUGGUGUGUGUAAACGUCAAGAGUUGCGGGUGCAUUUUCAAAUCAAAACAAACUGGUGUUGGAAACGGAUGAAAGUGAUUUCUUUUGCUUCGAACUUAAAGUUGCUUUUUUAUUUGUUUUGCAUAAAACCAAGUGAAAAUGGAUACGUCCAAACGUUUGAAGAAAAGUGGAGUGGCGAGCAAGCGUGCCAAAGCAAUUUGGGAGCGCUUUGAAAAGGAAUGGGAAGAGGAAAAUCUUCCGGGAACAAGCAGCGGUGUCGAUCAACAAGCUUCAUCAUACGGGAAUGUGCAGCCGGAUGCCGUGGAAGUUGCCGAUAUACCCAUGGAAUCAGAAGCAGCGGAUUACGUUUCUGAUGACGAUGAAGACGCUGAUUGCUCGGUGUUGGAAGACGAUUGGAGUGAAGGCGAAUUGGAGGACGAAGUCAAUGAGGAUGAGUAUUUUGAUGCUGAUGAAGCCCCCGAAGGCAAUGCUUAUGCUAGCAGGCUUAGGAUAUGGGCUUUAACUCAUAAAAUAACGCAUUCUGCAUUGAGUGAUUUGCUGGUGUUGACUCGUGAAACUACAAAUAUUUCUCUUCCUAGGUGUGCAAAGACGUUACUGAAGACUCCGAAACAGGUGGAGAGACAUUUUACGGCCGUUGGAGAAGGGCAGCUUUGGUACCAAGGAAUACAAAGCACUCUCCAACAAUAUUAUCGAUCUGUACCACCAGUCAUCAGAUUGAUAGAAGCUAAUAUCGCGGUAGAUGGACUUCCGAUGCAUAAUAGUGGACCAACGCAGCUAUGGCCUAUAUUAAUGCACAUAGUUAAUCUACCAGCACUGCCAAUCAUGGUGCUGGGUGUAUUUUGUGGUGCGACAAAACCGAGCUGUUUGGAAGGGUUUCUCCGGCCUUUAGUGGAUGAUAUCAACCGCGUACUGGUGCAAGGCAUUGAUGUUAAUGGAAUUAUCAUCGACUUUCGCCUGAAAGCUAUUGUCGCAGAUACACCAGCUCGUGCGUUCAUCAAAGGAGUAACGUAUCCUCCUGGGCUGGAAGCAUGUAUAAAGUGCAAAAUAGUUGGCAGCCAUGACGGAACCAAAACAAUAUAUGAAGGAACAGCUGAAGUUCGGACCGACAAAGAAUUUAGAAACGGAGACUACGUGAAACACCAAAAAUAUUACACGCCAUUAUUAGAUAUAGAUGAAGUAGACAUCGUAACACAAACAACGAUAGCCGAUGACCUUCACUUGUUCGCACUAGGAAUAGAAAAAAAAUUACUUAAAGGUUUUACAACUGGUGCUUUACACCCUUUUCCGAAGUGGUCAAAACAGGAGCAGUUAGAAAUUUCAAAUAUUUUAGUCAGGAUCGAAUACCCAUCAGAGAUACAUCGUAAGCCUAGGGCAUUAAAAUAUUUAGGAUUUUGGAAGGGGUCCGAAUUGUCAGCAUUUUUAUAUCACGUUAGCAUACCUUUGUUAAAAAACAGAAUAUCAGAUCUAGCCUAUGAGCACCAUAAACUUUUUUUCAUUGCGGUAAAUUUAUUCUCAUCAAGAUUAUUUGAACAAUAUUGGAAAUAUGCUGGUCAGUUGCUCGAACAAUUUGUAUUAGAAUAUAGCACAGUUUAUAGUCGAACACAUUUAACAAUUAACGUUCAUAAUUUACUACAUGUAGCAGCAGAUGUUGAAAAUUUCGGGCCUCUUCCAUUUUUAUCAACUUAUCGUAUUGAGGACAAGUUAGGCUUUAUGAAAAACUUAGCUAGAACAGGACAUAGAACUUUAAACCAGAUAGUGUGUAGAUUAAUAGAACUAACACAAUUAGAGGCAGCAGAUGCAAGGAAAAAGGAUGAUACAGUGUAUCCAUCACUAAAGGUAAAAAAAGAUGAGGUAAUUUUGUUGGUCAAACCAAAAUUUAUGUUAAGAAAGGGCAAUAGAAAUGGAUGGUUUUUAACACAGGAGGAUCAGAUAGUAAGGUAUUGUACUGCAGAAAAGUCAUCAGGAUCAUAUUUUAUAGAAGGACGAUUCUUAAAAGAGAAACAACUAACUUUUAGCCAACCAUGUAGCUCGGCGAUAAUUUAUAACUUUACAGCUAGGGUAGAAGAUUUAUCACAGGAAAUAGUCAGGGUAGAAUUAAAAGAAAUUAAAUGCAAGCUAGUGGCAGUUAGUUUAGAUCAGGGUAAUACAUUUUAUUUCAGUCCUCUUUUACAUACACUUGAAAGUUAGAUCAUAAUUAAAAUAUGUAAGCUGUUAGGUUUAGAAUAGGUAGUUAAGGUUUAAGUUUAGGUAAAUAUUUUUAUUAGUUUAUUUUUUUAUUAGUUUUGUAUUAAAAUGAGUAGAAUAAAGUUGCCGAGUAUGCCCGGGAUAAGGCAAAAUGCAAGGAGGAAAUGCCUUAAGAACUAGAA